UCGGCGCACUGGGAGCUGUCACCGUGGACGGCGGCGGAGGCGGCGGCGGCGGGGGCGGCACAGCGCCGGUAGUGGAGCCGCCGAGGAGGGUCACACAGCACAAUGCCAUCUCUGCCCUUGGACCAACUCCAGAUCACCCACACGGACCUGAAGACAGGAAAACUGAGGACUUCACCAGCGCUGCACCCCGAGCAGAAGGCAGACCGGUAUUUUGUGUUAUACAAACCGCCCCCUAAAGACAACAUUCCCGCCCUAGUGGAGGAGUACCUGGAACGCGCCACCUUCGUAGCCAAUGACCUCGACUGGCUCCUGGCCUUGCCUCACGAUAAAUUCUGGUGCCAGGUUAUCUUCGAUGAAACCCUGCAGAAGUGCCUGGACUCCUAUCUGCGCUAUGUCCCCCGAAAGUUCGACGAGUGGGUGGCCCCGGCCCCUGAGGUUGUUGACAUGCAGAAACGGCUCCAUCGAAGUGUUUUCCUCACCUUUCUCCGCAUGUCCACUCAUAAGGAAUCCAAAGAUCACUUCAUUUCCCCCUCUGCAUUUGGAGAAAUCCUCUACAAUAACUUCCUGUUUGACAUCCCAAAGAUCCUGGAUCUCUGCGUGCUCUUUGGAAAAGGCAACUCGCCAUUGCUCCAGAAGAUGAUAGGGAACAUCUUUAUCCAGCAGCCAAGUUACUAUAAUGACCUGGAUGAAACCAUGCCCACCAUCCUUCAGGUUUUUAGCAAUAUCCUCCAGCACUGUGGUUUGCAAGGGGAUGGGGCCAGCGCCACACCCCAGAAGCUUGAGGAGAGGGGCCGGUUGACCCCCAGCGACAUGCCUCUCCUGGAAUUAAAAGACAUUGUUCUCUACCUUUGCGAUACCUGCACUACACUCUGGGCCUUUCUGGAUAUCUUCCCUUUGGCUUGCCAAACCUUCCAGAAACAUGACUUCUGUUACAGACUAGCUUCCUUUUAUGAAAUUGCAAUUCCCGAACUGGAGUCUGCAAUUAAGAAGAGGAGGCUUGAAGAUAGCAAGCUGCUAGGUGACCUGUGGCAGAGGCUGUCCCAUUCCAGGAAGAAGCUACUGGAGAUUUUUCACAUCCUCAUGAACCAGAUUUGCCUCCUCCCUGUCCUGGAAAACAGCUGUGACAACAUUCAGGGCUUCAUCGAAGAGUUCCUGCAGAUCUUCAGCUCCUUGCUGCAGGAGAAGAGGUUCCUCCGGGACUACGACACACUCUUCCCUGUGGCCGAUGAUGUCAGCUUGCUACAACAGGCCUCAGCAGUCUUGGACGAGACUCGGACUGCCUACAUCCUCCAGGCAGUCGAAAGUGCAUGGGAAGGGGUGGACCGACGGAAAGCCACAGAUGCUAAAGACCCACCGGUGGCUGAAGACCCUAAUGGGGUCAUUGCAAUGGUGGAACCAGUCAGUGGACCGUUCUCACAUCUGGAAAACUCAGAGGAAGAGGAGUGUAUGGGGGCAGCUGCUCCCUUGGGCCCCCCUGUGUGUGGCGUGGAGCUGGACUCGCUCAUCUCCCAAGUGAAGGACCUGCUGCCAGAUCUUGGUGAGGGCUUCAUCCUGGCCUGCCUGGAGCAUUACAGCUACAACCCGGAGCAGGUGAUCAACAACAUCCUGGAGGAGCGGCUGGCCCCUGCCCUCAGCCAGCUGGACCGCAGCCUAGACAGACAGGUGAAACCAGACCCGACACCCCUGCUCACAUCUCGUCACAACGUCUUCCAGAAUGAUGAGUUUGAUGUGUUCAGCAGAGAUACAGUGGACCUGAGCCGGGUGCACAAAGGCAGGAGGAAGGAGGAGAACACGCGGAGCCUGCUGAACGACAAGCGGGAGGUGGUGGCACAGCGGCAGCGCUACGAGCAGUACAGUGUGGUGGUGGAGGAGGUGCCGCUGCAGCCAGGUGAGGGUCUGCCCUAUCGCGGGGAUGACUAUGAGGACGAGUACGAUGACACGUACGAUGGCAACCAGGUGGGCGCCAACGAUGCUGACUCGGAUGAUGAGCUCAUCAGCCGCAGGCCCUUCACCAUCCCUCAGGUGCUGAGAACCAAAGUGCCUGGAGAAGGGCAGGAAGAGGACGAAGACGAGGAGGAGGAGGAGGCUGAGGACGAGGCUCCCAAGCCCGACCAUUUUGUGCAGGACCCAGCGGUGCUGCGGGAGAAAGCAGAAGCCAGGCGCAUGGCCUUCCUUGCCAGGAAGGGGUACCGGCACGACAGCUCCACGGCAGUGGCCGGCAGCCCCCGGGGCCACGGGCAGAACCGUGAGACAACCCAGGAACGCAGGAAGAAGGAAGCCAACAAGGCGACGCGAGCCAACCAUAACCGGAGAACCAUGGCUGACCGCAAAAGAAGCAAAGGCAUGAUUCCAUCCUGAGGCCGCCAUGGCAGGGCCAGCCGGGAGGCAGCGGCACCAGACCUGCUGGGCUGAGUUACCAUAGCCUUGGGUCUCCUCACCAGUUGGCCUCCUGCCAGGGCCCCAAGUUCAACUCCACCCCUCAACAGCCUCAGCUUUGCAGCCCCUGAGAAGGCCGCCUCGUCGUCCACCAGCCAGCCGUGAGCGCCUUCUUGCAGAACACACAGUGCCUUAUCCCACAGCGGAAGAACCCCUGGGGCAGGAAGAACCCCAGCAGGCAAAAGGGAUGGGGACAGAGCCCCGAGGCAAGCCCCACAAACCUCGUGCAGCAAGACACCACUUCUCUUUUACCCCGGACAGCAGGAAACCUGUAAAUUUAAAAAACAAAAACAAAAAAGGCCUGCAAAUAAAAUUUUUGACCCUUUCAAGCAAUGAUCCAUGAUGUGCCCAUGGCCCGCUCCCCCCUGUAUCCCAUUCUUCAGUGACGGCCACCAUCAGGAGAGCAAGAAAGCCGGAUGAUCACCCGCUCUUCUCAUCAGCCUUUGGCGCUUGCGUCUCAUUGUAACCCCUCCUGAUGUUGCCCUGCUUUGCCGUGUGGUCCUGAGCACAUCACUCCCUUGAGUAUCCAGUCCCUGCUCGUGGAAGGAAGAGAUAAAGGUGUGAGGUCCUGUGGUCCUUCAGUACCCUCUCGUUCAGUCCCUGCGACCUCCACCCAGGGAGGUAGGUACUAUUUCCUAGUGUAGGUGAGGUAUAGGUGAGGAAGGUGAGGCACUGAGAGCUGAAGCUGCCUGCCCAGGCAACAGCUAGGAAGUAGGAGAACAGGGAUUAGACCCUCAGUCUGACCCCUGGUCUUUAUAGGGUCCUAGACCCCCAUAGGUGGUAUCAUCACCAUCUCUUAGCUGACUCGAGGACGCCUUUCCAGUAACAGCCAAAACCUGAGCUUGGUACUUCCUGGUUGUGUGUACACUCCAUCAAAUCCUCCAAAAUCAGGGGGUCAGAGACCAGAAAACACAAAUGAGGAUGUCACUGCCAAGCCCUGUUGAAGGACUUGGACCUAGUUCCUCAAAACCUCCUCCCGGUGUGUGUGGGGGGGGGUGGGAGGGUGGGGGUGGGCAGGCAGUUGGUUCACAGUGUGGCAGCAGCUGGCAGGCAUCCUGAUUCCUGCCUCCCCCCACCCUCCCAGAACACUGCCAAUCAACAGAGGAUCAGCAGUGGGGUAUUUGCUGGCCUGAUCCUACCCAGCCUAGCCUGGAGUCCAUCCAUGGAUCCAGGCCCCUGCCCAGCUGGACCUUGACAAAUCACCGUAGAUGCUUGUGCAAUUUAUUUGCACGUGGGUAGGAUGAGUGUCUGGAGCAGCCAGGCAGACAAGCACUUGACGAAUUGGUUUUGUUAGGUCAGCUGCACAAGUGAAAAUCAAUAGCAAUUCCUCUGAGCCGCACCAGUUCUCCUGGUGCAUUUGAGAUGCAGAGCGGAGAUGGGAGUGGUGUCUUCCCCUCGAGCUGCUGAAUUAGGUGAGAUCAGGCUGGGGGUCAGCCAUUCUGACAGGCAGCAGGAAGACUCUGUUUCCUCCCAGAGGCAUUUGCCAGGGACCAUAGAGGAAAGAGUCAUUUGUUUUCUCUCUCCCUGAGCUCCUCAGACCUAGCUCUUGUUCCUGGAGCAAGGUGAGGUGAGUCGGGGGAGCUCUGGGCUUUACCUACCUUACUUGUUACGGUUCACACAGCCCCUCUCACCUUCAUUUUGUCAUACGUAGCUCCUGACCGCUUGGAGUGGUGUUCAAGCCUCCUACUGGCAUCCUGGUUUAAAGGAUUUGAGAAGACAAUUUGUCAAAUUUCCCAGAAUGUACUGCUAGGUCAAACUGGAUCUCCCUUGAAGAAUUAUGUUCUUUCUCAUUUCAGAUCUUGAGGGCACCCUUUCAGGGAUGCUUUGCAAACACCUCACUCAGGAUCAUCCAGAACAGUGCUGGUCGGCACACCCCUUCACCUCUCAGGGCCUCAGUUUUCCCAUCUGCAAAGUGGGUAUAUUGGUCCAGGUGAAUGGUUUCCACCUGGUGCCAGUUAAAUCCUCUGAGGAGGCCCCAAGGUUUAAGAUGAGCAAUGGCACAAGUGUUACAAGUGAGGUGGGAUGGGAGUCUGAACCCUGCUCACUUGAUCACUGGGCCCCAUCACCCCACUACUCCUAAGCAGGAAUUUCUGAGUGCCUUCUCUACACCCUGUUAGAGAACAUGACUAUCACAGGCAUUUCCUAGGAAGCUUGUACGACCUAGUGCCUCCAAGAGGACUUAGGACUUUGAGUGUCUUUGUUUCUAGCUCAUGAGUGGCAAUGAUGGCAGACAUGUUUGUUUGAACAGUGCUUCUGUGCCUCUGUGAGAUAGGUAGGGCAGAGCCUGUCGUUGAUAAGAAGGGACCCGGGAGCCCAGGGAGGGCAAUGAACUUGUCCAAAGCCCAUGGCAAGUUAGCAGCAGAGCCUGGAUGCAGAUCCUUUUUGAGUUCCAGGUGCAGUCUGGAAAAGGAAGUGAUUGGCAAGAACCUGCCUGUCCCUGUCACACUGGGAGCUUGGGCUAAAUAACACAGGGAAGGAAACAAACAAAACACAAAAGUAAACCCACCAAAAAUGCAGGGGGGUGGUUAUAGAGCCCCCUUCUUUAAAAUGAUGUCAAUGAACUCUUAAUAGCAAUGUAAAAAACUAAAUAUUGACAAAUAAGUUGUUUGAGUUUUUUUUGAAGAGAAUAAAUUGAAUGGUAAUGCAUCAUGAUUGUGAAAAUAUUUUUUAAAAAUUUGAAUACAGACCAAGUCUGGAAAGGAAUGUGCAUAAAUGAAAAUGAUGGUAAGACCAUGAUAUUUGUAAUGAGAAUAAAAGCACUUACUGAGUACUUACCAUGACUAGAGUAUCUGCUGGGCGCUUUCCUUAUGUUACCUUGUUUGAUUCUCACAAGGUAGGUACAGAGGAGAAAAUCAAGGUCAGAGAGGGUAGGUGACCUGCCUAACGUCCCACAUUUGGCAGGUGACCAAGGAGGGAUUCAGUCCCAGGAUUGUCUCCUAAAGCCCAUGCUCUUAACCCCUAAACCACAUGCCAUUCCUUUCUUGCCCCCACAUCCUUAUCCUUGUUACUGCUGUUGCUACAAAGGAGAAAAUAACAAGUCAAAUAGCUGCAGAACAGGAGGAUGGGAAGUCCCGUUUUGUCAGGCCAGGUUGAUGGGACUCCACUAGUAUGCACGCUCCACCAUUGGACACUGUCAGAUCUCAGAUGUCCUGCUGCAUUUUUUUCCACUUUUUGUUUUCAGAUCCGUGCAUCCUUUCCUCUGUGUGUCCAGUCUGCCAUUGAGCCCACUGAAUGAUUCUUCAUUUUUAUGUCCAGUCCCUCUCCAGGGGAAGCAGAGAAAAGGCUGGGAGUGGAGCUCUCUCAUCUAAGAGGAGAGCAGCAGAGCCCGAGGGGCACUGAGGCCAGGGAGGGGGCCAAGAGGCCAGGGCCAAACGUUCCAGGGUGGAUAAGGAAGAAGGAUGGGAGAGACCGAGGGAGCCCCAAAAUUAGGACCAUAGGCCAGGACAUGUCCUGGACAUUUGUCCAGAGCUCCCAGUAUUUACUGCCUGCCCUCAGGGUUUGGGUCAGCCAGGUUGGGAGGACCACGGGAGGAGAGGAUAAAUGCAUCCACCCAGCACAUGUGGACCAAGAUCUACUAGGUGCCAGGCACUGUGUCAGGCAUGCGUGAGAAAGACGGCCCCCGCCCCCAUGGAGUUCACAGUCCAAGGCAGGAUCUGGGUAUUAAGAUGUUUUGGGAAAAUGAUUUAGUCACAGCUGUGCUAAGCCCUAAAAAAUAAAUGAAUAUACCACA